UCCUGGUCCCGCCUCCAGACCGGGCUCAGGGCAGGUCCUUAUAAGACCAGAGGAGACGGACUCAGCUCAGAUAAACUCUUUUUUUAUCACGAAGAAGAAGAAGAAGAAGAGAAGAAGAAGAACCAUGUCUCACGGCUGGGGCUAUGGAUCCGACAACGGUCCGGACACGUGGGUGGAGGAGUACCCUGUGGCCGAUGGACCCCGUCAGAGCCCCAUAAACAUCGUCCCUAAAGAGGCCGUGUACGACCCCGACCUCAAACCCCUGAAGCUGACCUACGACCCCAACGACGCCAACGGCAUCCUCAACAACGGGCACUCCUUCCAGGUCGACUUCAUCGACGAGUCCGACUCCUCCACUCUGAGGGGGGGUCCUGUCUCUGGGGUUUACAGACUCAGACAGUUCCACUGUCACUGGGGCAGCAGUGACGACCAGGGCUCCGAGCACACCGUCAACGGCAUCAGGUUUCCCUGUGAGCUCCACCUGGUGCACUGGAACACUAAGUACCCCAGUUUUGGAGACGCAGCCAAAGAGCCUGAUGGUCUGGCCGUGGUCGGAGUCUUCCUCAAGAUCGGAGCAGCCAACCCCAAACUGCAGAGAAUCCUGGACUGCUUUGAGUCCAUCAAGAACAAGGGAAAACAGUGCGGCCUUGGAGAUUUUGACCCUCGGUCUCUGCUGCCCCCCUCCCUCGAGUACUGGACCUACGAAGGCUCCCUGACCACGCCCCCUCUGCUCGAGAGCGUCACCUGGAUCGUCCUGAAGCAGGCCAUCAGUGUCAGCCCCGCACAGAUGGAGAUGUUCCGCUCUCUGCAGUUCUGUGCAGAGGGAGAGGGAGUCUGGGACAUGGUGGACAACUUCAGACCUCCACAGCCUCUGAAGGGACGUCAGCUCCGCGCAAACUUCAAAAUAUAAAACACGAUUUUAACAUUUCAAUAUAAGAAUAUGACAAAGACACUGCAAAAAUGAAGGUACAAUUAGGCAAAAAUGACUUCAUAAUAUUAAUUUGAAUGUGAGCAGUUUUUGAUCGUUAUUUACUAACUGAAUAUUGAUUAUUUGAUCUGUUUCUAUUUAAAUUUAUGUAUUUCUAAUGUACUGAAAGGGGCACUGUGUAACUCUUCUAGUGGAGAGACUUGAACUUAUCCAUUUUGCACAACAUAUUCAAUUACAAGUAAUGAAAAACUUGUUUCCAUGGAGAUAUGUAUAUGUUUAAUAAUAUAUUGUGGAACACUGAAGAAACUCCACCAGAACAAUGACAUAGUGCAUUCUUUAAAACCUGAUUUUGUUUAGUUGUUUUUGUUUUUUUCACAUUAAAUUACAUGUCAGUUAGGUAGGAAAAUGGCACAUUAUGUCCCAUUAGUAAAUUAUAAUGAAUAAUAAAAUCUUUUACUCAGGUCUUUGCAGUGUAUAAAAUUAUGCUUGUAGUAGAUUUCUAGAAUCUGUGCAAAGUUUUUGUCUAAAUGUGAAUCAGAUGAAAGGUUUGAUAAGUUUAAUCCUGUUUUUGUUUGAGAUUCUUGUAUUUACAGUGAAAACUCUGACCUCCACUGCACAAAGGGACGUGUGUGCAAGUCUUUAGCUCGUUUGGACCGGAAAAACACGGAAAAAGUGCCUUACUAAACUCACUAAAGGUGCAUUGUGUAACUUUUCUGGUGAAGGACCAAACCAGACCACGUUACAGGUCAGAUCUGUGGAGAGGCGACACAGCUCACAGUCAGAACCCCUGUUUUUCGAGGUAUUUUUGAGCCACCUGUAAUUGAGUAAAUAUAAAGUAGAGCUGUUUAAUGUCACACUGCAGAACAUUCCAGGCAGAGCUACGACGUAUCCAUAGAAACAAGCAGGUGACGGUAACCAAAAAGUUACACAAUACACCUUUAAAUGCCAACGUCCUGAUGCUAACUCCUCAAAAGCUUUGUACCAAACACUGGACAUAUUUAUUUCAUUAUAAUGAGUGUGAGUGAAAUAUAAAGUCUUUAAAUAAAAAAAUAUAUAUAUUAUUUACUUGAAAAAAGUUUAAUAAAAUGUGAAUUGUCCUGGUG